AUGCCAAGUGGAAUCGUCCAACUCUUGGGAGCCUUAAUGGCAGCAUCUGGUGUAUACGGGGUGUACAAGCUCGCCAGAGUCGCUUACGGACAGUGGAAUUCACCGCUGAAUAUCUUACCAGGACUCCCAUUCUCACAGCUGUUCCUUGGAAACUUGAGAGAGAUUUGGGCUGAGGAAGAUUCGAUGGAACCUGGUGAGUUGAUAGCGAAGUAUGGGACGACGUUCAGGUUUAGAGGUGUCCUUGGGAGGAAAAGAUUGUACACCAUAGAUCCGAAGGCUUUGAAUCAUAUCUUAAUGAAUCCCAACGACUAUCAGAAACCAGAAGCGUCAAGAUAUGGCUUGACAUCGAUCAUGGGUGCAGGCGUCUUGGUUGUUGAAGGGGAUAAACACAGGCAACAGAACCCUGCAUUUGGACCAGCUCACGUCCGCGAGCUCACCGAGAUAUUUGUCCAAAAAUCAGUUCAGCUUCGCGAUAUCUGGGCAGAAGAGAUUUCAAAAGGGCAAGGACAGAUCGAUGUCUUGUCAUGGCUCAGCAAAACGACUCUCGACGUCAUCGGUCUAGCCGGCUUCAAUUACGAAUUUGACUCGUUAACACGCGGUCCUGGUGAGGACGAGCUCAAUGACGCAUUCUCUCACAUCUUGCAUGCUGCAACAAACGUCAGCGUGUUCGCGGUUCUUCGAUUUGCCUUCCCCAUUUUUCGGAGCAUUCCUGCACCAGGAGAUGCAGCUACGGAGAAAGCCCGCCGUACGAUGUGCCAAAUUGGAAGCAAUCUCCUCGCAGAUAGCAAGGCGGCUAUUGAACAAAAUAAGAACACGGACAGGAGCUCUGGCAAAUCGAAGGACUUGCUCUCGCUGUUAGUAAGAGCGAAUACUUCCACUGAGUUAGCAGAUAAUCAGCGUAUGUCGGACGAGGACGUUUUGGCUCAAGUCCCCACAUUUCUGGUUGCGGGUCACGAAACCACAAGCAUAGCGACAACGUGGGCUCUUUUCGCCCUCACACAAGCCCCCAACGUGCAGGUUAAACUCCGGAAUGAACUGCUCAGUGUAUCGACUGACAAUCCAACGAUGGAAGAGCUCAACGCUCUUCCGUAUCUCGACGCUGUUGUGCGAGAGACACUCCGCCUUCACGCGCCUGCAUCGUCCACGGUUCGUCAGGCGAUGAAGGAUGACAUCAUCCCCUUAGCCACUCCAUUUACUGAUAAGGAGGGUGUGCUCCACCACGAAAUCAGAAUCGAAAAGGGUCAGUCGCUCCGCAUUCCGAUUAUACAAAUCAACAGGUCGAGGUCGAUUUGGGGUGAGGACGCGUUUGAAUUUAAACCGGAGCGAUGGGAAUCGCCGCCUGAAGCAGCGUCUUCUAUACCAGGGGUCUGGGGUAAUAUGCUCACAUUUCUUGGUGGGCCGCGUUCUUGUAUUGGGUACCGCUUCGCUCUCGUAGAGCUGAAGGCGCUGCUUUUUACCUUGGUGCGGGCGUUCGAGUUUGAGCUUGCGGUGCCAGUGAAGGAUAUCGUGAAAAGAUCGUCGGGGCUUGUUCAAAGACCCGUACUCUUGACGGACCCGGAUGGUGGAAACCAGAUGCCACUGAUCAUGAGGUCUUUUCAACGACUCUAG